AUGUUUUGCGGCACAAAAGUUAGACCCAUCAAGGUAAUACUUGACAGCUAUGACUCAGCAUUGCAAGUUCUGGUGAAUGCGAAAAAGCUUAAAUCAAGUAAUACCUUCAAGCAUGUAAACAUCGUACAGGAUCGCACCAAAAGGCAAAUGGAGCAUUAUAAAAGUAUCAGAACUGAGUUAGCCAGGCGUCAUGAAGCAGGAGAUAAUAACUGUAGGAUCAAGUUCAUCAACAAUGUACAAAGGAUUGUUCCUUUAAACUAG